AUGCUGCGUAUCAGCGUUCUUCAAUUGCUCUUUGUGACACUGCUCGGUCUGUCUGCGGUCUUCGCAGCGGACGCAGUGGGGACCUCGCAACGUGAGUCUCCCCAAGAACUUGCCGACAUCAAUGCAGCCUCGCUCCAUGAUGCUCUGCAUGCUCUCUCUGCCAAAUUCCGUCAUGGAAUCUUCCCGACUGACCUUCAUGCCGCUGAAGCUCUGCAAGGCGAAGACCCCGCCAUUGCCAGCCUUAUCAAGCUCGCCAAGCGCCAGGACAAUGCUACUGCUAGCUCCCCGGCACCGGGUCCUACCGUGACUACUCCCACCACCGAACCAACCACUGAGCCGGCCACCUCCUCGGCCGUGGAGACCAGUGAAACCAGCUCGGAGUCUAGCACUGAGCCAACUACCAGCGCUCAGCCAACCGACACCUCUGCUAGCUCUACCAGUGAGCCCAGCACCAGCCCGAGCAGCUCUGCAUCUGUCCCUACCGAGACUUCCAGCACCGUCUCGACCCAGACCACUGCUCAGCCGACUGCUACAACUGCGUCCUCGACCGCCCAGACGACUCACUCGGACACCACCAGUGUUCCUUCGACUCUGUCGACUACCAAGAGCACUUCGUCCACCUCUACCUCAACCACCAGCCAUAAAACAACUACCUCUGCCCGUACCACCGAACAUACCAGCUUGAGUACUUCCACCUCUAAGAGCACGACCACGAUGCCCGAUGGCAGCCUGAGUACCAUUACCUCCAUCACUGUUAUCACUCCAGAGGCAACUGGCAAACCUUCGGCUAACGCUGCUGGCAAGCCCGGUCUGCAGACUAAUGGUGCCGCCCUGCCUACUGGUAUGGCUCGCGAGGUUGUCGCCAUGGUUGGUGGCGCCGUCGUGGUCGCAAUGGCUCUGUGA